AUGGGGGUCUCAUCACCUCAAUGGUCCCAAAGACGCGGCCUUAGGAGCGACAAAGAGCAGAGGGAAGUUGUCUGGCCUGAGUUUAUUCACCAUUCAGCUACCGAAUUCCGAACACCACAACACAUGUACACCAACAUCCGAAAAGAAAUCCUUCAGACAAAUUCUUCUGCUGAAAUAGCAUACUACUCUGUCCCUCCCGACUGGGGUACAUUGAUCGUCGACUCCAUAGAGAACCACGAAGACACUGAGAGGUCCAACGCCAGCAUCAACUAUAACAGCGUCACAGGGACGCUGCUGAUUAGAAUAAUGCCGACACGUGUCCAUGAGUGCCAUACCAACUGGAUGAGGCAGGUAGAACGUGAAUGGCGACGGCAAAACCUCGUCACAGAUGGUCAGCUGAACAAUUUAACAGUGUUCACGAACGCAGUGCAAGAACACUUCGCUGCGCCUUAUACAAACUCCCGAAAGAGCCCAGACUUCUGUAUGACGCCCGACAACCAGUACCAGCCUUCCUUCGUGAUCGAGAUUGGCUGGUCCGAAUCACAAGGACGACUUGUUCAGGACAUGCAACUGUGGAUGACGGGGGGUCGUCCACAUGUCAAAAUCGUCCUCAUCCUCGAGUUUGCGAAGAGGGCCAGAACUAAUCAAGUCACCGGCAAGGCUGAGUUAUAUGUCCGUGAUGCAGCGGGCAAUCCAUUUUGCCAUAAAGAAGCGGUCAUAUUUCCGGCGAACGUGACGGGGAUCUCUCUUUGGAUCAAUGCUGGCGAUCUUUUCGGACAUGUUCUUCCGCAAGGCCUGGCGGCGAAUACAGCUCUUCCGUUAAGUAUCGAUCCUCUUCGAGAGGAGGCUCGUAAAGCUCUUGUCCAUAUGGGAAUGGUUCCUGCAACCUAA